AUGGACGCCUCAAAUCCUCCGAGGCUUGAGAUCAAUGAACGCCAUCCUCUAGUUUAUCUGCUCUCAGCGUGCUUCUGGGUCGUCCUAUGGCUAUUGUCCUGGGUGAAGGCCUUGAUGGGCUUUGUGACUAUUACUAUCCCGAGGCUCAUAUACUCUGCGCUUUCAUACUCCAUGACAUUGACGCUGAACUUCUGGUCCUUCGCCAUCCUAUUUGUUUUGUUUGCUGUGGCUCUGAACUAUUGGAUACGGUUCCGUUACCUCAAUACAUAUGCCACGCUGAAAGAACCUCCACUGUUGAAACCGGACGCACAGGAGCUGCACCCGGAUGUCAAUACGCCUGAGGCACCACCUGCCUUCCACAAUUACUUGGACGAAUUCUUGCAAGCUAUUCGCGUGUUCGGAUUCUUGGAGAAACCGGUUUUCCAUGAACUUGCGAGGCAUCUACAAACAAGGCGUUUGGUUGCCGGCGAUAGUCUCUCUCUUGACCAAGACAAAAGCUUCUACUGUGUUGUGGAUGGCACCGUUCAGGUGUAUGCGCAGACGGGCCAGGAAGUUCAUCAGCCUUCGGGUGGAUCCUGGGAUGAGGAAGACAUGAACGGCUACCAACUUCUUAACGAGGUUAAGAAUGGCGGCACUCUCUCCAGUCUUUUCACAAUCCUUAGCCUUUUUACUGAGGACGUGAAGAUCAGCUGGGAGAGUGACGAUGUCCAUAGCCCCGCCGCCCAUCCUGUGGCUUAUCACAACAUUCGAACCCGCGUAAGGCGGGCGGAUUCAGACGUAUCGCAGCUGGAUCUGGCGGUGAACCGCCUGAGGACCCCUAGUCGGCGAGGCUCUGUUUCUUCUUCGUCGACCGUCCAUGGCUUGGAGAUGAUUGUAUCCCCUCAGGGUAGCAGCACGUCAUCCCACCCCCAUGAUGAUGAGUCCAGUGGGCACCGAUCCACGCCAAGUAAGAGAGACACCCCGCCAGACGAUGUUCACUACGGCGUUGUCGCCCGCGCUGUGGAAGACUCUACUUUAGCUGUCAUUCCUGCCGAAGCGUUCCGUAGAUUGACCAAGAAAUACCCGAAGGCAACUGCCCAUAUUGUUCAAGUGAUACUCACCCGUUUCUCCCGCGUAACCUUCAAUGCGGCACACAAGUACUUAGGCCUGACAAGCGAAGUCUUGCGAACGGAGAAGGCCAUCAAUGAUAUAGCUUGUCAUCCUCUCCCCGACUCCUUCUAUGAAGGUGGAGGUCUACAAUAUCUCCGUCAACGGUUCGACGGCGUAGCUACUGCGACCUCAUCGGACUCGGAUCAGGAUUAUUUUAGCUAUUCGUCUUCGCCUACUGCUGUUGACCUGAAUACAAAGACGCCAGCAGCCUCAAAAACCACCUUGACUGAUUCCCCGACUCCGCUGCGAUCUUCUGCUUAUACUCCUUUCAAAGGUAAUUCGUCCCGCCAUCAAGUACAACCAGGGGAUCUCCAUAGUUCCACAACCCACGCUAGCGACGAGCCAAGACCUUUCCGUCGGAACCUGAGCGUUCUCAAUACUCCAUAUAUGUCCCGCAGAGACACGAUCACUGCAGAUAGGAAGUCGCCUCAGCCUAACACUGCCCGCUUGUCUGGGGAUGACUUCGACCUCAGGGAAGAGGUAAUGUCAUGCAUUGCUAAGUCCAUUGGUCUGUUACAACCGCCUCUAAGUGCCGAGGAUUCCCUUCCUACCUCACCCGCUAUGGCUGCGGCUGAUGGAGCCCGCUCUCGAAAUGGACCGUUAGGACCCUUCGGGUCCUUAACCCUCCUGGAUAUGGGAGAUGAUGUCUCUAGUAUGACAGGUGGGUCGGUAUCAGGCGAAACCAACGGGUACCCCACGGGACUCGAUAACGAAGUAGAGAUUCUCUAUUUCGCGGCCGGGUCCACCUUAGUGAAGGCUGGCGAGAGCAAUACGGGCCUGUUCUACGUCAUCGACGGUAUACUGGAGAUAUCUCUUCCUGCAGACGAGCCCUCGCAUCCUAAGGAAAGGUCGAGAGGGUCCGGUUUCGAUACAUCUUCGGCUCGAAAGUCAUCGGAUACCUCGUACUUCAGGGAAGAAAAAGGACAUGAACCCCGGAACCAGAGCAAACCUUUGUUCACAGUGAAGCCCGGAGGCAUUGCAGGUUAUCUAGCAUCGCUAUGCAACAUUCCAUCCUACAUAGAGAUAAAGGCCAAGACGGACACAUAUGUCGGAUUCCUGCCGUCACACGCUAUGGAGCGGUUACUUGAGAAGCGGCCGAUUGUGCUUCUUACUCUAGCGAAACGCCUGAUAUCCCUCCUAUCGCCUCUAGUUCUUCAUCUCGACUCAGCGCUUGAUUGGAUGCAAAUCGACGCAGGCCACGUUUUGUGGCGCCCUGAAGACGUCAGCGAUAGCUUCUACAUCGUAAUCAACGGGCGUCUGCGAGCCAUCACUGAGAAAGACAACGGUGAGGUAACUAUUGUAGGCGAGUACGGACAGGGCGACACCGUUGGAGAGCUCGACGUUAUCACUAGCUCGAGACGCCGUACUACGGUUCAUGCCAUUCGUGAUACGGAGUUGAUCCGUAUGCCUCAGACCCUGUUCAAUGCAAUAUCUACCCGGAGUCCUAAGACCACAGCGCAGAUUCUACGAAUGAUUGCCUCCCGAGUCAGGGACGAAGUCGAUUCGUCUUCGAAUAGUAAUGUAAAAUCAAGAAAGAACAAUAGCAACACGAACUUGAAGACGCUGGCUAUCCUCCCUUCUACUCGAAAUGUUCCGGUCGAAGCUUUCGCUCGGAAACUGCAGUCUGCCCUGGAAGCCAUUGGUGCUCCAACAUCCUACCUCAAUCAAGCUUCUGUUUCAAAUCAUCUGGGUCGGCAUGCAUUUACUAGGAUGGGCAAGCUGAAGGCAGCUGGGUGGUUAGCAGACCAGGAACAACGGUACCGUAUUGUCUUAUAUGUCGCGGACUCUGCUGUUAGCAGUGCCUGGACGCAGACAUGCAUUCGUCAGGCCGAUUGUGUUAUGGUGGUUGGUAUGGGUGACGACGCCAGCAUUGGCGAAUAUGAACGUUUGCUGCUGUCCAUGAAGACUACUGCUCGCAAGGAACUUGUUUUAUUACACCCCGAACGCUUUGUUAUUCCUGGGCUCACUAGACAGUGGUUGAAGAACCGCCCAUGGAUCCAUCGCCAUAUCCACAUUGAACUUCCGGUAGUCCUUCCUCCACCCAAGGCAGUUCCACAUCAGGACCCGGCCGCUGUUACUGCGUUGAAGAAUCUCAAAGAUCGAGUGCAAAGUGAGAUCCAGAAGAUUCGCAGAACAGCGCCCAACGCACGACCGCAACGGCCGCCAAAUACGAACGACUUUGCACGCCUUGCUCGGAGAAUCUGUGGGAAAUCCAUCGGAUUGGUCCUUGGUGGUGGUGGCGCUCGAGGCAUAUCCCACAUAGGCGUCAUCCAAGCGUUAGAAGAGUUCGGCAUUCCGAUCGACCACAUAGCUGGAACGAGUAUUGGCUCUUUUAUUGGUGGUCUUUACGCUCGAGAGGGAGACAUCCUAUCGACUUCAGGGCGGGCAAAGCAAUUCAGUGGAAGGAUGGGGAACAUUUGGAGAAUGCUGUCCGAUGUCACGUAUCCUUUAGUGGCAUACACGACUGGGCAUGAAUUCAACCGCGCAAUAUACAAGGCGUUCUAUGAUUUGCACAUAGAAGACAUGUGGUUGCCGUACUUUUGCAAUACUACCAACAUCACGACCUCUCGGAUGCAGAUCCACGAUUCGGGCUAUGCAUGGAGAUUUAUUCGUGCCUCGAUGACGUUGGUUGGUUUGUUGCCUCCUCUCUGCGACAACGGCAAUAUGCUUGUUGACGGAGGAUAUGCCGCGAUGUUCGCGACUGGAGCUAGUGCUGUAUUCGCUGUCGAUGUCGGAGCGAUCGACGACAACUCACCGCGGAAUUUCGGGGACUCGGUGUCUGGAUGGUGGCUCCUCGUAAACCGCUGGAAUCCUUUCUCUAGUGCCAAGAGCAUACCUGCAAUUACUGAGAUACAGAGUCGCCUUGCCUACGUUUCAAGCGUCAAGACUCUGGAGGAGGCAAAAGUAACGGAAGGUUGCCUCUACAUGCAAUUGCCUGUGCAGGAGUAUGGCACUUUACAAUUCAGCAAGUUCGAAGAGAUCAAGGAGAAAGGCUACAGAGCCGCUAUAGAGAUGCUUGAGAAGUUUGACGAAGAGGACAAACUGCCCGCUGUUUAUGCCCAAGAUCACAAUCUCGGCUCUGGAGGUAAGAAGAAAGGCCAGAGUGCAAGGCGGAAUUCAAUAUAA